GAGGAAAAAUGCAAUGACAAUCAUAUCCAAAAUGUUACAUAUGCCAUUGAAAUUAAAAUGGGGUAAAAAAAGUGGCCGGUAUGAUCUUAGCCAAGAUAUUUAUGUAUUAACUGUCUACCUUGGUGAUUAUGCUAUUUUACAAUGUACCCUAACAACAGAAAGUACCGCAAGCCAAUGUAUGGAAUAUCUUAGCCAAAAAGUAGAUCUUAAUCAGGUAGAAAUGUUUGGUUUACGAUAUCAAAUGAAAACAAAUGAUCCGGAUAAUCGUAUGAUGCGUUGGGUGGAACUUGACAAGCCAUUAAGGCGUCAACUUGAGAAAUGGGCAUGUAAACCACGACAAGUACAAUUGGCUGUUCUCUAUCAUACACCAAAUGCAUUUACAUUAACUGAUCAAAUGGCUAGAUCAUAUUACUUUUUCUUAAUGAAAUUGGAUGUUGUUGAAGGUAAAUUGACGGUUGCUCUCGAAAAAUAUAUCAAUCUUGCAGCAUACAGUCUUCAAGUAGAAUACGGUGAUUUUGAUCCAACAAUACAUACAAUUGAUUUCAUGCAAACUGUACCUCUUUUACCGAAGGUUAUUGAAUAUUGUUAA